CUCUGUGUUUGAGCAUUCCAGAUCACUCGGCUUUGCGGGCGAUGUGGUGGUGACGACCCGGCUGGCCUCGCUGCCUCCUGGUACCUUCGCCAGUGCACUUGGAACCCACAUCACUGGAUACGGGCACGCCCCACUGCGUCUUGGCACUUGGGACAACACCAUCGCGCUCGACUACAUAUUGUCGGCGUCGCCACUGAUCGCCGAGAGAACCAGGUCGACCGAGGCACUGGAGACUCUCAAGAGAAUCGUGGUCAAGAUUGACGGAUAUCCGCUUGUGAUCCAGACGUUCAUCACCUAUGCUGAAAAUUGCCCUACUCCCCUCUACGUGAUCGAGGAAGAGUUUGCGGGGGCUCUGGAGGAGGAAGAGGGCGAGGACCAGACGCGGUCGUCGCUCAAGGUGAUUGUGGAUCUAGCAAUGGACUCGCUGGUGAGCCGAGGAAACGAGGGCAUCGAGGCAGCCAUGCUCUUUGGUGCCCUCACUCUGGUGGCGCCGACCAACAUCCAGCCGGAGAUAAUCGAAGCGAUCGCACAAAAAUUGGGAGUCAGGAACGAUGUAUCCAACCUCGUGACGAUGGUGCUCCAGAGUGGUCUCCUCAGAAACGACGGCGAGAGAGUGUACUCGACCCAUUCGCUCACCCAGCAGGUCGCUCGAGAGUUUGUCAAAAGUCACAACGAACUGAAGCCUGAUGAAAUCGAAAAUGUCACCGGCAUGGCGCUGAUUGACUUGGCGGGGCUGCUCGACAAGCCUUAUCUUCUCGAGCAUCUUGACUGCUUCUCCAAGGCAGUAGUUCCUCAGCGAUAUUCAAAGCCGCUGCACUCAAGGAUCGACUGCUGUAUCGCAAAACUGGCUGAUAGCCGCGGCUUGUUCGCGAAGGCGAUGGAAGUGAGUGCGGAGAACGUACAGCGAUCCGAGGCCUUCUAUGGCACGCGAAGCCACGUCGAUGUUGCAAGUGCCAUCCAGGGUCUCGGCGACGUCGCUCUCAGUCUCGGCAGACACACCGAAGCUCUGGGACACCAUCAAGAGGCUCUGGAGAUUCGAGUCCGGAUCUUUGGCACAAAGGAGCAUCCGUCGGUUGCGAGGACGGUCCAACAAAUCGGCAGCGUGGAAUUAUCGCUUGGGAAAUACGAUGCGGCCCUUGCCCAUUUCCAGGAGGCUCUCGAGAUCCAAAAAAUGGUCCAGGGAAUGUCGGCGAGCCGCGACAUCUCCGUGACCCUCGACAGCAUCGCCUACAUUAACUUCAUGCGGGGCCAGUACGAUGAAGCGCUUCGACUCUUCAACGAAUGUCUUCAAAUUGAUGAGCAGUUCUACGGCAAUUGGAAGCAUCCGUCGACUCUUGCAACCCUGUACAGCAUCGCCGAUAUCUACAAAAUCCAAGGGCGCCUUGAUGACGCUCUGCAGCUGUACCAGGAGAUCAUGGCCACCGCGGUCGGGGUGUAUGGCACACGAAGGCACCCGUCAAUUUCCUCGGGGUUGUACAGUAUGGCUGGCCUUUUGCAUACGCAAGGCAACAACGAAGAGGCACUGAAGUGCUGCAAAGAGUGCCAGGAGAUCGAAAUGCAGCUCUACGGCAGAGAGGAUCAUCCUGACGUGGCCAAGACCACUGCGCUCUUUGCCCGAAUCAUCCACUCGCAGGGCCGACACGAAGAGGCGCUCACUCAUUUCCAAAAGCUGUAUGACAUCCGCCUGAAGAUUUUUGGUACUGAGGAGCACCCCGAAGUUGCCUCGGCUAUAAGCGGCAUCGCAGAGGUGCUUCAAUCCCAAGGCGACAACGACAAAGCCCUCGAUCUCUUCCGAAAGACUCUCAGUAUCGAAACUGCGGUCUAUGGCACGAGAGAACAUCCUUCGGUCGCCGAAACCUUGGUCAAAAUAGCCCAAGUACUCUGUUCCCAGGAUGACGAUGACGAAGCCCUUGUGCUCUACCAAGAAGCUCAGGCCACUUUGCUCAAGGCCUAUGGAACCAAGAUGCAUCGGGCGAUUUCUAACAUUCAGAUUCGCAUCGCUGAUAUCAAAGAGUCCGAAGGCGAUCUUGACGAGGCCCAAAGGCUAUAUGAAGAAGUCCUUGAGAUCGACACUGCAAUCCUCGGCACCAGGGAGCACUAUCUUGUUUCGGCGACCUUGCGCAAGAUCGCCGAUAUCGUCGAGCAGAAAGGUAACCUUGAAGAGGCCUUCAGCCGCUUUCGCGACAUCCUUGAUCUGGACGUCAUUAUCAACGGCACGAGGGAGCACCCCGAUGCCGUAUCAGCCCUGUCGAGCAUGGCCGACAUUGCCCGUACACUGGAACACUACGACGAGGCGCGUGCGCUCUACCAGGAGGCACUCGGUAUCGAAACAUAUAUUCAUGGUACACGCGACCACCCCGACGUUGCCGACACGAUCGCAAGUCUGGCAAAGGUCGAAUCCGACCAGGGCCGUCUGGCAGAGGCACAGAAUCUCUAUGAAGAAGCACUCGCUACGAGUAUCAAGGCGCACGGCAAGCGCGAGACGGACGAGAUUGCAACCAUCCUGAUGGCGUCGGGCGAAAUCGCCACCAAGCAGGGCCGUUUCGACGCCGCAUCGCAGCUGAUUCAAGAAUCCCUCGACAUUCUGUUGGAGAUUGAUGAGCCAACACUUGACCCCGAUAUCGCCCAGGCCCACCUUGCCUUUGGCGAUCUCUUCAGCUCGCAAUCUGGCACAGACGAAGAUGCACUCCGACACUACAGCGAGGCUCUGGCUAUUGCCAACGAGCUGCCGACUCCUGAUUACCAGACCCUUGUCGAUAGAGCCCGUUGCGGAAUCAAUACCGUCACAUCCCGCUGAGCUGAGUUGAUAGUCCCGUCGAGCUGAUACAGCGCUCCCCGACACCCUGCUUUGAUUGAGAGCUGUUUUUUUCUGACCUGAAUACACACAUCGCCCAUUGCUAUAAAACGGCGCGUCCAAGGAGACUGGUGGAGCGACUCGUUCGACCAGAUUGUCCUGACGCCGAGGAACGACAGAGGUGUUUGGGACCGUGCUCGCAAAGCCAGCAAGCGGCGGCUGAUACGGAGGACGCUCAAGUUCGUCUCUGCAUCUGCAUCGUCGCCUUCCCCCCUCCUUUCGC